GAACAAGCUAGCAAGGCCUCGAGAGAUCGAUCUCUCCAUAUAUUGUCUCCGACAUCGGUGCUUUCGAGCAUACAUGUCGCCGUAAUUAUUAGUGUCUUACUUAGUAAGCACCUGCAGUUGCAGGCCACUCUAGCCUCCAGCGAAAGAUGGCGUGGCGAAGGCCACGGGACGAGGACGAUGAGGAGGAGAGCGGAGCUGAUGAUCAUCACCAUCGCCAUGGCCCCAGGCGGAUCCGGCCGAAACUAGCUUUUAGCGCCAUCGUAAAAAGAGCUGUGGCCCAAGAAACUACUCAGCAAAUAGUGCACAAUCUGGAACCACUUGUUCGCAGAGUGGUGCGUGAGGAAAUUCAAAACAUCUUUUCUCAGCACGAUUACAUACCACUCAGAUCUCUUCCUUUACGCAUCCAAGAGACGGAGGUCUCGCCUCCUCUGAAGCUAGUCUUUGUUAAGCGGCUCAAGCUACCAAUCUUCACAAACAACAAGCUUGUUGAUGUUACGAAUAAUGCAAUUGAAAUCCAGCUGAAGGACACAAGAACCAACUAUCUGAUCACACCACCAGAUAGUCAUCUAGGUUCUUCAGUAAGACUAGAAGUGCUAGUUCUGGAUGGUGAUUUCUGUUGCGAGGAUGGAGACGGGUGGACCGCUGAUCAGUUUAAUGCAGCAAUCGUGAAGGCAAGAGAAGGGAAGAGGCCUUUGCUUGUGGGGACGCUCAAUGUGCUGAUGAGCAAUCAAGGUGUGGCUGUGAUCGAUGAUGUGUUUUUCACUGACAACUCGAGCUGGAUAAGGAGCCGGAAGUUUCGAAUUGGUGUGCGUACCAUGCCUGCGAGCUAUUGUGGACCGAGGAUCCAAGAGGCAGUGAGCGAGAGCUUCACAGUGAAAGACCAUCGAGGCGAAUUGUACAAGAAGCAUUUUCCUCCAUCACUCACUGACGACGUAUGGAGGCUUAAGAACAUUGGAAAAGAUGGACCCAUUGACAAGAGGUUGGAAUCCGAGGGGAUCAAGAACGUCCAGGACUUCUUGAAGCUUAACACCAUAGAUCCUGAUAAGCUCAGAGCUCUCGUCGUCAUGUCAGAUAACAAAUGGAGGGCAACACUGAAUCAUGCAAAAAUGUGUGACACGGGAGGGAAAUGCUACGUUUUCAAGACUGCAGGGUGUGACAUUACCUUUAACCCUAUAGGAGAGGUCUUGGCAGCCAGAAUUGGAGACCAGACAUGCCCUUUGCACGAACUGCAACCCCAACAAAUGUUUCAAGUGAAGCAAUUGGCCAUCCAAGCAUACCAGCAGUGGGAUCAACUGGAGGAAAUGGCUAAUGAGAUGCCACUUGCUGCAAAUAAAAGCUUAAUCCCAACAAGUAAUUCAGAUUGGGAGCCAAGUGAGAGCCAGGAGAGCAUGAUCAGCUCAGGGUCGCAGAACGCCAAGUAUCUUGACUACACGGGAACCGCUACCUCCAGCGCAGCAGCAGCAAUGGCGAUCAACAACAGCAGUACCUCAUAUUCUACAGCAGCGGCUGUUCCAGCCAACGAUGCUAUGUUCUGGAGCCCAAGCAGCAUGGCAGCUGAUGAUCACUUUGACUGGCAGAACUCGACGAAUCUCAGUUGUUGGGAUCAAGUAGAUUAAUCCUUUGGUCGCUGUUUAGACCCUGUUUGAAAUAAUGGAGGGUUUGAUGCGUUGAAAUUAUUGUACUGUUUCAUGCAAACUUAUGCUUUCGAAUAUUUUCAAUAAGACUAAGAAUGCAGUGUACAGAUUGAGCUAUAUACCUUUAUAAAGUUAUGUUGCCUCUUAUAUAUGUA